AUGUCCGCCGCUACAGCUCCCAGCAACCCUUCACAGACCCAGAAUACAAAGAAGAGACGCGGCAAAGCAGAGGCUGCUGCUGUAGCUGCUCCCGUCUCUGUCGCUGCAUCGAACACCGACGCGCCCAGUGUUACUGCUGCUACUGACGGUGCUGCGGUCAACGGGCAGCAUGAACCAAACUUCCUUAAGGAGCUCCAGAAAACCCUUCGAAACACUAACAAGAAACUGAACGCAACCGCAAAAGUUGAUGCAAUCAUUGCUGAAAAUCCUGGGAAAUCCCUCGAGGAGCUUGUAGCCCUCAAGAAAAUCAACGCAGACCAGAAGGCCCAGGCUCUUAAGAAACCUGCUCUUCAGGAAACUAUUGCUCACAUCGAAGAGCAGAUCACUCAAUACAAACAACUUGAAGCAUACCAUGAAGAACAACGUACCAAAGAAAUAGCAAAGAUCCAAGCCCAACAUAAGGAAGAAAUCGAAUCGUUGAAGACGAACCUCGAAACCGAGUCCAAAGAGAAUGUCGAGAAGUGCUUCAAGGACCGGUUGCUUGUGCUUAGCCGUUUCUUGCGCGCAGCUGCUGCCAUGAGGGGUGUUGCUGACGAGCAGUCCAUCCAGGCUCGUGGAUUCGAGGGAGCUUUGUAUCAGGUUUAUGGUGGAACGGAGCAGGCGGUUGAGGCCAUGGUCAAGUUGAUUGAUGGCACAGAUGACAAGGUUCCCAGUGUUGAGUCUGAGAUCCUUGACAUCACCUACGCACAGAUUAAGCGCACUUCUCUCGAAGACUACGCCCAAUCCACUGGUGAAGCCGUUGCAACUGAAGAAGAAACUGCCGCCCCUGCUACCAACACCAACGCACCCCAAACUGACCCGACAAUCGCCAAUGCCGGUCUCACGGAAGUUGAAGAGCCUACUGUCUCGCAAGCUGCAGCUACAAAUGGCUUCCAACCUAACCCCCAGUUAGCUGCUGAUGAAGCAGCUCCCCUUAAACCAACCGAGGAGAAUGUUGCAGCCAACGAAAUUGCGCAGACUGUAUCAGUGGAAUGGGAUCCAAACCCAUAUAAGCCUAGUCCCUCCACAGAGGAAUGGCUGAGUGUGCAAGUCCCCCAACCUGGUACUGCUGCUGAGGCCUCUGUUGCUGCUGAGGCUGCCACUCGUCAACCCCUCGCCUCUGAGACUUGGGGAGAAGAGCAACCCGCCAAUAAACAAGUCGACGGCUUUGAACGAGUUCACCAUCCUCGUGGACGCGGAAGAGGCUACCGUGGCCGUGGCCAAGGCCAGCGUGGCGGCGGAGAGCACCGCGGCCGUGGUAACUACAACCGUGGAGGAGGUGAGUACCGUGGCCGUGGCCGUGGCCGUGGUGGUGAAUACCGAGGAAAUGGAAACAGCCACCGUGGACGACCUGCUCCCGCUGCUGCUACUGCAGGAGACGCUUAA